GAGCCAGUUAACCAGCAGCAAUCGAGGCAAACGGAGGUUUAGCACAAUCGAAAAUAAAAAUAAUAAAUAAGAAAAACUAAUCCAAUUGCAACAUGCGGAGUCGUCGAGUGUGCAUUUUGAUAGCCACGCUUAUCGCAAUUGGCCAAUUCGGCUGCCAGGCACUGAAUUGCACUACGACAGGCUCGGACACGCCCACCAUCUGCGCCGAGGGCGUAACGCAGUGUUUUGCCAAAUCAGAUGACAGCGGAACUGUAACGCGCGGCUGCCUCACGGAUGCAACCUGUACAGGUGCCUGCUUGCCCUGCAACACGGACAACUGCAAUGCGAAUCUGGUGUGCAAACAGUGCAACGGCACCCAGCCGCAAUGCGCCACCUCCCAGACGGCGAUCGGGACAUCGCUGCAGCUGUGCUCGACCGGAGAACAGCAGUGCGUGAAUCAGUUGGCGGCGAAUGGCGCGUUGACCCGCGGCUGUGGCGAAUGUGCGGCUAAUGAUGCCAAUUGCGGUGCAUGCAAGACGGACAACUGCAAUGUGGGCAUCUUUCCGGCAGAUCGCCGGCUGUGCUACCAGUGCGACGGCGCCAACUGCCAGACGCUGGACAAUGCGACCGUGCUGAUGCCCUGCGCGACUUACCAGGCGGAGGCGCAGAAGUGUUAUAUGAUUGGCAGCAGCGCGACGGCCAUGCAGCGGGGCUGCCAGAACGAUGAGGGCGCCAGCAACAAGUGCGCGGGCGCCACGCCCGAUGCCAGCUGUGUCUUUUGCGACAAUGAGAACGGCUGCAACAAUCGCCCCUACGAGAGUGUCCUGGGCAGCUGCAUCAAGUGCAACGACAACACCACCUGCGCCGACAGCCAGGAGGCGGAUAAGGCCGUGGCCUGCCCGGCUUCGGUCUACACACAAAACGAAGUCAGUUGCUACACGAAAACGGGCGACGAUAACACCGUCUCACGUGGCUGCACCAACGAGCUAGCCCAGGAAUGCAACACAACGAAUAACUGUGAAGCGUGCUCGGGCACCGGCUGCAACAUUCAGGUGGCCGGAUUCGGUUGCCUCAUCUGCCGCAGCGACAACUAUGCGCCCUGCCGCACUGCAAAUGUCGGUAUCGAAGUAUGCCCAAUUGCCAGUCAGACGGGCGAGGAUGCCAAUAAAUGCUUCAGCGGACAGUGGAAUGGUGUCGUGGUUCGCGGCUGCCUAGCUGAUGCGACUCCCCUGAUGAAAUUCCAAUGCACAUCCGCAGACGACACGCGCUGCGAAUCGUGUGACACCAAAGGAUGCAACACCAAAAAUUAUAAUGGCGCCGCCACGUUGCAGCACAUGGGCCUCGGUCUGUUCGGACUGAUCUUCGUUGUGAGCAAAUAUUUGUAAAGAAAAAAAAAGAAAACAAAAUUAAAGCAAACCAUAUCUUAACUAAUUGUACAUACACCAAAUGCUAUCUAACUAUGACAAACAAACAAAAUACAUAUGUA